AUGCGAUUUACUAAUUGUACCACACUUCAAGUGAGUGGACUGAAGCAUAUUAACAGCCCAAGGAAUCAUGUCACCCUGUUCUACUGCAAUGGAGUAAACAUUGCACAUAUUCAUAUUAUUGCCCCUCAAACAAGUCCCAACACUGAUGGAAUUGAGAUAGGCUAUUCCACCAGCAUUCAAAUUCUUGACAGUACAAUAGAAACAGGAGACGAUUGUGUCGCCAUCAAUGGGGGUACUUCGAAUGUGAACAUAACCCAAGUUGCAUGUGGUCCUGGCCAUGGAAUAAGUAUUGGAAGUUUAGGACUAAAUGGAGCGCAUGAUGAAGUACAAGGAAUAAAUGUAAACAGUUGCAGUUUUAAGGGAACUCAAAAUGGAGUAAGAAUCAAAACAUGGCAGGGAGGUUCUGGAUUUGCCAGGAAGAUAAGCUUCUCAGACAUAACAUUAAUAGCAGCUGAUAACCCUAUUAUCAUUGACCAGUUUUAUUGCAACGGCAAAGUAUGCCAGACCACCAAAGCAUCAGCUGUCAAAGUUAGUGAUGUGAGAUACACUCGAAUUCGAGGAACAACAAUUUGCAAGAAAGCUACUAUCAACAUUAGUUGCAGCAGUACUGUUCCUUGCACUAAUAUCAUCUUGAAUAAUAUCAACAUAACAUCUGUUGCUCCAAAGCAACCACCCUUUACCCGCUGCGUCAAUGCCCAUGCAAUAGUUCAUCUAACAGAACCACCGGUAAAAUGUUGA